CCUCCUUCGCUCUAAAAUUGACCAACGACGACGAAACCAAAGGUGGAAGACCACAUUCUCCCCCAUUUCAUUUGGACCCGGAGAGAAUCGAUUUCCAGACAUUUCUGACCGGAGAAAAGGGGAUUUCUGGCCGGAGCAGCAGGAUCAGCGCGCUGAUCCCUCCACCUAGGAGGUUGGGGAAUUCCAGGCUGAGGGAGACUUGGCGAGAGGAGGGAUCAUGGAUCAGAUAAUGGGGAAGGUGGGCGGGCUCUGGUUCAGCCAGAACGCCGGCAAGGAGAUGAACAACGUCGGCGAAGAUCUCAAUGCAAUCUCAAGCAGCAUUGGAGAUGGAGCCAAAUGGAUGGUCAACAAAAUCAAAGGGAAGAUGCAGAAACCAUUGCCUGAAUUCCUCAAGGAAUAUGACCUCCCGGUGGGCCUCUUCCCGCAGGACGCGACCAACUACGAGUUCGACGAGGAGACGAAGAAGCUCACGGUGCACAUCGCGUCGGCGUGCGAGGUCGGGUACAAGGACUCGUCGGUGCUUCGGUUCUUCACCUGCGUGACUGGCCACCUCGACAAGGGGAAGCUGUCGGAGGUGGAGGGCAUGAAGACCAAGAUCCUGAUCUGGACCAAGGUGACGGCCGUCAGGACGGAGGACGCCAAGGUGCACUUCUCCGCCGGCCUGAACAAGACCCGGAAUCGCGACGCCUACGAGGUUGUCAGGGAUGGCGUUACCAUAGACAAGUUCUAGGUCGUAUGGUUACUUUUCGACUUGGUGUGCUACCAGCGGUUGCUCCUCUCUUGCCAUACCAAAAACAUGUCUGUAUGUACACCAGCGAUGAUGUUCUUUGUGUUGUGAACAAUGAGGUGUAAAUGUCUGUCUUGUCUGUUAAAAAACAGAUUUCCUUUGUAAAUUAAGCAAUCAUGGAUU